GAAUGUCAGGUUUGCGGUUGCUGCCGUUGCUAUUGCUCGUUGCAAUAAGCGUACAGGCGGACAACAGCAAGUACAGAUUACCAAAAGACACCGAACCUACGCGAUACGAGAUCACGCUCGAGCCAGAUUUGGUAAAUUUUAAAUUCAAUGGCAUUGCCGUGAUCACUUUCGAUGUCCUAAACGAUGUCGAUGCUGUAACAUUGAACCAAAAAAAUCUCACGCUGGCAAAGGCAGAUGUUACUUUGCCAAAAUACACAGUGCGUAGUUUGGAAAAAGACGACGACUUCGAGCUACUGAUCAUCAGAUUCAACGAGACACUAAAAAAGGGCACCUACACUCUUACCAUAGAGUACAGUGGCGAAUUGAACGAUAAGAAGCGUGGAUUCUACAGAAGCAGAUAUUUGGACAAGGAUAACAAAAUAAAGUACAUCGCGACGACUCACUUCGAGCCAACAGGAGCACGACUGGCGUUCCCAUGCUGGGACGAGCCAGAGUACAAAGCAAUCUUUAAAAUUAUCUUGAAACAUGACUCUAAAUACAAAGCUGUCAUCUCCAAUAUGGACCUUGAAAAAGCCCCUGUGGAAGACCCAAAGACCAAUGUGACUACUACCACGUUUAAAGACAGCAAACUCAUCUCCAGCUACCUCGUAGCGUUUGUGGUCUCCGACUACGACAAAAAGGAGAAUGAGAAGAAAACGUUCAGAGUUUACACGAAACCUCAUGCGCUGGAGCAAACGACGUACGCGUUGGAGUUUGGCCAGAAAGUGAUCUCGAAAUUGGACGAGUAUACGGGCAUUCAAUAUUUGGAUACAAUGCCGAAAAUGGACCAGAUUUCCAUCAAGGAUUUCUCAGCAGGUGCUAUGGAGAACUGGGGCCUCGUUACUUACAGGGAGACCGCCCUUCUUUACGAACAAAACGUGACCACGACUCGUUCGAAACAGAGCAUAGCAACGGUCAUAGCGCACGAGUUUGCGCACCAGUGGUUCGGGAACCUGGUCAGUCCAAAAUGGUGGGAGUACAUAUGGCUGAACGAAGGUUUCGCCAAUUACUUUCAAUAUUUCAUCACGAAUCAAUUGGAAGAAUCAUGGCGUCUGAUGGAAGUGUACGCAGUGGAAGCUCUGCAAGGAACAGCAUUCGCUUCAGACGCGAGGGAAAAUACUCGUCCCAUGAACAAGGCGGUGGUCAGCCCUAGUGAAAUAUCGAAUCUGUUCGACAGUAUCGCGUAUCAAAAAGCUGGAUCGGUCAUUCGAAUGAUGUCGAGCAUUCUGACGGAAAAGGUCUUCCAAGAAAGGCUACAAAACUAUCUGAAGGACUAUUCGUUGAAAGUCGCCGAGUCGAAGAACCUGAUCGAUCACCUUCAAGCCGAUGGGAAGGAGACGUGGGGGGGUCAAAAGUUCGAGACGAUUAUGGACGAAUGGAUAAACAAACCAGGAUACCCGGUGGUCACCGUGAACAGGACCGAUAACGGAGUUGAGCUGAGUCAAGAACGAUUCAUGCUGUACGGGUCCAGCAACGAUAUAAAAUGGUGGAUACCCAUUACGUACGUUCUGCACCCCGACGUCAAUUUCAACAACACCACGCCAACGUUAUGGUUGAGCAAAACAGAGAAUUUGACCAUUUCCAACGUUACACGCGACAACUGGAUUAUCAUCAACACUCAACAAACAGGUUACUAUCGCGUCAACUAUGAUGUGCACACCUGGGAACUGCUGCAAAAGUUCCUGUUGACGAAGAACUACGGCAACAUACACGCGGUGAACCGCGCUCAACUGAUCGACGACGCUCUAGCAAUGGCGCGAACGAGUCGCUUGAAUUACACGGUCGCAUUGUCGCUCAGCCUCUACCUGCACCAAGAAACUGAUUACAUUCCGUGGAUCACAGCCAACAGACAUUUGAACUUCUUCCAGAAUAUGCUGUACACUUCUAAGCACUAUACCAUGUACAAGUCCUACGUCCGAUACUUACUAGAGGCUGUGGUGAAAGAUGUCAAGUAUGAGCCACAAAAAGAUGACAAGCAUACCACUAAAAUUCACAGAGCAAUCGUUAUGAAGUUGGCCUGCAUAGCUGAAGAAAAGGAAUGCUUGAAAUACGCCGAAAAGGAAUUCGAAGCAUGGCUCAAGGAACCUGAAAAAUAUCAAUUGGAUGCCGAUUUGAAGAGCAAUAUACUCUGUUACGGAUUAAGAUCCGCCGAUGAAACGAAAUGGCAAACGACUAAGGACCUACUGUCGAAAACUACAGCUGACGAGGAUGAAUUGAACACUGUGCUCGCGGUUAUGGGUUGCUCAAAAUCCCCGCCGAUUCUCAAGAAAUUAUUAGAGCAAUCCCUUCAGAACAACUCGUCGAUCGACUUCGACGUCGCUGUACAGUCUGUGCUGGCCAAUAAUCCACUGGAAGGAUUCGACCUCGUUCUAAACACGAUUUCUAACAAUCACGAAGCCAUCAAACAGCUAAAAAAUUCCGAGGACAAGAUUAAAUCGUGCAUCGAUAACCUUGGAAACAUAGUCGUCACCCCGGACCAAUUCCUACAGCUGAGCAUGUUGAGCACCAAGGUAGGCGCCAAGGCAGAUACCGUGCAGAGUACGGUGCAAAAGUCAACGAGAAACAUUAAUUGGGUCGGUAUGCAUGGAGAUGUUGUUGAGAAUUGGUUGCGCAAGAACGAACAGCUGUUUAAUUCAGCAGGAAGCACCAUUAUACUCACUUCGUUCCUCCUCGUCCUUUCGUUCCUCUUUACGCGAUUCUGCUUAGAAGUGUACAGCAUAUUCUGGAAGAAGUUCAAAUGUCUGUUGGCUGUGAUCCACGGAAUAAUAUCGAACCAACCGAAAGGAACCAUGAUUUCUCGAAGUUUAACCAUAAGGUUCAAUCUCUUUCUAAAUAUCAUCAUUCUCGCCAAUAUCCUGCAAGCGGAGACCAAUGAAAACGUCACAAAAACUCCAGUAAACAACUAUCGUCUGCCCGACGACGCUAUACCGACACACUACAACAUAAAAUUGGAAUUAACCGAACUAAAGAGCAUAAUUUUCAACGGGGAAACGGAAAUUGAUCUGAAAGUGAGGAGACCAACACCUGACAUCGUCUUAAAUUCGAAGGAGCUCACGAUAGACAAAUCGUCGACCAGCCUGAAACACGGGAACAACACUCUGAGACCAAACGAACACAUUUACGACAUCGAGAGAGAAAUGUUGCGACUUCGAUUCGAGGACACUUUGCAACCGGGAGUAUACACUUUGUACUUGAAAUUCGUCGGUGUGUAUGGCGCCGACAUUUGCGGAAUGUUCAAAUCAUUCUACGAGGACGAGCAGGGCCACGAGGCGUCGGUGGUUGGGACCCAUUUUCAAAAAACCUCAGCUCGAAGCGCGUUCCCUUGCUGGGACGAGCCAGCUCUGAAAUCGACGUUCAACGUCUCCGUGAAACACCUGUCGAAUCACACUGCACUCUCCAACAUGCCAGCAUAUCUGAUAGAACCUGACGAGAGGAACGAACAGGUCUGGACGCAUUUCGAAACGACGCCAGUCAUGUCGACCAACAUUCUGGCGGUGGUCGUCGUCUCCGACUUCCGUCACAUUUCCAGCCCCGAUGGCAGUGUUCGAGUGUGGACCAGGGCGGAGAGGAUCCACGAGGCUGGAUAUUUCCUGGAGAUCGCGGAGAGAGCGAUGGAAGAGCUGACGCGAUACUUCAACAGCACCGUUCGUGUCCCGAAAAUGGACCACGUGGCUCUCCCCAUGUAUUCCGCGGCAGCCAGCGAAAACUGGGGCCUGAUCGUCUACAAAGAAGCUGCAGCCCCGUACAACACCACGGAACACGUUGAGUCGAGAAUGUUUAAUACGAUGACUGUCGCUCACGAGAUCACUCAUCAAUGGUUCGGGAAUUUAGUUAGCCCGUCAUGGUGGAAGUAUUAUUGGAUGAGCGAGGGUGCAGCCACGUAUUUUAGGUAUUAUAUCACCGAUAAGAUGUUCAAAAGCUGGAGAUUGAUGGAGAAUAUAAUAUUCGAUCAAAUGAGAGCGUUUUCGAUCGAUGAUAGCUCGGAUGCUCAUAAAAUAAACAACGAUUUUAUCGAUCGUCGUUACACCAGAAACAUCUACUCCAUCACUUAUACAAAAACUGCUGUCAUUCUUUGGAUGAUGUCUCACAUGAUGGGCGAGGAGGUUUUCAGGAAUGGAUUGCUCAAAUACAUCGAUGCACACGAGUAUGGCAGCGUCAUGUCGGACGACUUAUGGGAGGCGAUGCAGAGUGCGUUGAAUGAGACAGAUUACGCGAAUAUUGAAGUGAAAGAGGUGAUGGAUAGUUGGAUAGAACAAACCGGAUAUCCUCUAGUGACAGUGACGAGAAAUUACACGACUGGCGACGCGACGAUACGCCAAGAACCGUCGCCAUUUUCUCGCGACAGAACGUCGAGAAAAUGGUGGAUUCCCAUAAACUAUGCGACCAAAUCAGAACCAGACUUUUCAAAAACCAAACCUACUCAUUGGUUACGACCCAGUGACGAGAAUAUAACGAUUAAAGGAAUCGAGGUCGACGAUUGGUUAAUUGUGAAUUUGCAACACACUGGUUACUAUCGCGUGAACUAUGACGUGACCAAUUGGAAUAAAAUUCUGGAAUACUUGAAUUCGGACAAUUAUACGAAAAUACACGUUGGGAAUCGUAUUCAAUUAAUUGGGACUGCUUGGAGCCUGGUGAACUUGAAGCAAUUACAUUCUUCUGUUUUUGUGGAGCUUAUUAAUUACUUGCAUCGUGAAACUGACCCCGUCGUAUGGAAGUAUGUUUUCAUCCAUUUUGUUAAUAUGGGUAAUUAUUUGAGAACCACCGAUGGAACAAAUAUUUUAAAACCGCGUAUUCGCGAUCUGAUGAAGAAUUUUAUUGAAACUAUCGGCUACGAACAAUCUCCCAGCGACGACGAUUUCGUGAAGGUUAUAAAAAUGAUUGCUUUAGAUUGGGCUUGCGCGGUUGGUGAUCCCGAAUGCAAACAACGAGCAACAGAACGAUUAAUUGCAUACAUCGAGGAUCCAUUAGCAAACAGAGUGCCAGGGAACGCGGAAUCUUGGGUAUUUUGCAUGGGUAUGAAAAGUGCAAAUCGAUCGAUAUGGGACGCGUUGUCUCGCGAUCGAUCGAGAUUCGAGGAUCAGAAUGUGUACCAAUUGUUAAACCAUCUAAGUUGCACGGAGGAUCCAGAGAUCAUUGGACAUUAUUUAAACAUGUCCCUGACACCGGGCACAACCAUAUCCGAAUUCACGGAUCCCAUAAACAUCUUACGACACAUCGACGCUGACGUGCCAGAGAAUAUAAACGCAGAAAUAGAUUUUAUUGUAAACAAUUUCGACAGGAUCUCUAACGCCACAAGCGAAACGGAUACUAUUCUGGACAAUCUUAUCUGGAAAAUCAGCAGGCAGAGCCAGAUAAACAAGUUAAAGACGUUUUUACAAACUAAAGGCAUCAAUCGGGACUCUGACAUACACUACCGCGAAAGGAGUUUGAAUGAAACCAACGAAAAAGUCACCGAAAUUUUAAGCUGGUUUGGAACAAAAUUGAAUACAGACGCAAUUAAACAGCAACAAAGGCGUCGAUGAAAUAAACUUUGCGUACAAAAGCGAUUGUAGUCAAAAAUAAAAGUGAAAAUUCUAUUGUUCUGUUAAUCGAAUGUAAUUACAAAUGUUCUAUAUCGAACGAUUAACCGAUUUACUUGUAUAGACGAUAAGAAGAUAGUAAUAAAUAGUAAAUGGUUUAAAUAUUCUUAAGAUAUUGAGUUGCAGGAAAAAGUAAUUUAUACGAUUAGUAUAGAAUUGUCUUUCGUAUCUCGGUGAUAUUAAAUAUCGCUAAUAAAAGUCAUCAGUUUGGUAUUAAUGGAUCGACGGCGAUAAAAAUUGUAUCAUUUUAUCGUAUAAAUGUUACUAAAUUUCAUUAGUUGUGUUUUUGUACGAACGCUCGCAAGGUACGACCAUUUAUCACGAAUGUUAUUAACUUCCUUAGAGAUAACGAUGCAGAAUUACGUUCGACUUCGUAAGUCUUGUCAAGAUAAGUCUCUUUUAUUUCGUUUUUUAUUGCAAUAUUCCGGCCGCGUCAAUAAUGACGUCUGUGUUUAUAUUUGCUUGGCUUAAAAGCAAUACUCGGUUUACAAUGUACCGGGCAGAAAUAUCAUAAUCUGCACUUAAGUUGUUCCAGAAGGGAACAAUCGUGAUAUCGCGGUAUCGUGAU